UAAAAAGGAAGCCUCUGGUUACCAUCACUCACAUUCACCAGCCAUGAGGGCGCUCUUGCUCGCUAUCAGUGUGGCUCUUGCUGCUGGCCACCAGGUCAACCUAGCCCCAGAGUUUGCUUCUGGAAGGACACAUGUGUACAAAUAUGAAGCACUUCUCAUGGGUGGCCUACCUGAGGAGGGUCUGGCACGGGCCGGAGUCAAAGUCCGUAGCAAAGUUCUGAUCGGUCCAGCAGCUGCUGAUGUCUUCAUACUGAAGCUUGUUGAGCCUGAAAUCUUUGAGUACAGUGGCAUCUGGCCCAAAGACGCUUUCAUCCCAGCUACCAAGCUUACCUCAGUCCUGGCUGCUCAGCUUUUGACACCUAUCAAGUUUGAGUACACUAAUGGCGUUGUGGGCAAAGUUUUUGCCCCUGCUGGUGUUUCUGCAACUGUGCUGAACCUCCACAGAGGAAUCCUCAACAUCCUCCAGCUGAACAUCAAGAAGACUCAGAAUGUCUAUGAGCUGCAAGAGCCUGGUGCUCAGGGUGUGUGCAAGACCCACUACGUCAUCAGUGAGGAUGCAAAGGCCGAUCGCAUCCUGUUGACCAAGACCAAGGACAUGAACAACUGCCAGGAGAGAAUUGUUAAGGACAUCGGCUUGGCUUACACUGAGAAAUGCAUUGAGUGUGAGGCUAGAGGAUCAACUCUGAAGGGAACUGCUGCUUUUAACUACGUCAUGAAGCCAGCAGCCACAGGUGCUCUGCUCCUGGAGGCAACCGCUACAGAGCUCAUCCAGUUCUCACCUUUCAACAUCUUGAAUGGCGCUGCCCAGAUGGAGGCUAAGCAAAUCCUGACCUUCCUGGAGAUCGAGAAGACCCCUUUGGAGCCCAUCAGAGCAGAUUAUCUUCACCAUGGAUCACUGCAGUAUGAGUUUGGCAGCGAGCUCCUCCAGACACCCAUCCAGCUUCUGAGGAUCAGCAAUGCCGAGGCUCAGAUUGUUGAGAUUCUGAACCACCUGGUAGCCAACAACGUGGCCAAGGUCCACGAAGAUGCCCCUCUGAAGUUUAUUGAACUCAUCCAGCUGCUGCGUGUGGCCAGAUUUGAGAGUAUUGAGGCCCUCUGGACUCAGUACAAAACUAGACCAGAUUACAGGCACUGGAUCCUGAAUGCUGCCCCUGCCAUCGGUACUCACGUUGCUCUGAGGUUCCUCAAGGAGAAGUUCCUGGCUGGUGAGCUGACCAUUGCUGAAACUGCCCAGGCCCUUCUGGCAUCUGUGCACAUGGUGACAGCUGACAUGGAGGCCAUCAAGCUUGCUGAGGGCCUGGCUAUGCACCACAGGAUCCAAGAAAACCCAGUUCUGCGUGAGAUUGUCAUGCUGGGAUACGGUACCCUGGUUGCUAAAUAUUGUGCAGAGAACCCAACUUGCCCUGCUGAGCUUGUGAAGCCAAUCCAUGAGAUUCUUGUCCAGGCUGUCGCCAAAGGUGAAAUUGAGCAGCUCAUUGUCGCCCUUAAAGUUCUGGGUAAUGCUGGCCACCCUGCCAGUCUUAAGCCGAUCAUGAAGCUUCUACCCAGCUUUGGCACUACUGGUGCUUCCCUGCCACACAGAGUUCACAUUGAUACUGCUCUAGCCCUGAGGAACAUUGCUAAGAAGGAGCCCAAGAUGGUCCAGGAAAUAGCCGUUCAGCUGUUUAUGGAUAAGGCUCUCCGCCCAGAGCUCCGUAUGGUCGCCGCUAUCAUUCUGUUUGAGACCAAGCUGCCCAUGGGUCUGGUGACCACUCUUGCUGAUGUCCUCUUGAAGGAAUCAAAUCUGCAGGUCGCUAGCUUUGUCUACUCUUACAUGAAAGCCAUGACCAAGAACACCGCUCCUGACUUUGCCUCUGUUGCUGCCGCCUGUAACGUUGCUGUGAAGAUCCUCAGCCCCAAGUUCGACAGACUGAGCUACCGCUUCAGCAGAGCACUCCACUUUGAUGCCUACCACAACCCCUGGAUGAUGGGUGCUGCUGCCAGCGCCUUCUACAUCAACGAUGCUGCAACUGUUUUGCCAAAAGCCGUAGUGGCCAAAGCUCGCACCUACCUGGCAGGAGCUUAUGCUGAUGUUCUUGAGCUUGGAGUGAGAACUGAAGGAAUCCAAGAGGCCCUUCUGAAGGUCAAUGAGCUUCCUGAGAAUGCUGAGAGGAUUGCCAAGAUGAAACAAGUCCUGAAGGCUUUGUCUGAUUGGAGAGCUCGUCCCACAAGCCAGCCCCUGGCCUCCAUGUAUGUCAAGUUCUUCGGACAGGAAAUUGCUUUCGCCAACAUUGACAAAGCCAUUGUUGAUCAGAUCAUUGAGCUUGCCAGUGGACCAGCAAUUCAGACUUAUGGCAUGAAGGCUUUGGAUGCUCUGCUGUCUGGUUUCGCUUUGCACUAUGCUAAACCAAUGCUGGUCGCUGAGGUUCGUCGCAUCUUUCCUACCACUGUCGGUCUGCCCAUGGAGCUCAGUUUCUACACUGCUGCCGUGGCCGCUGCAUCUAUUGAGUUCCAAGCAACUGUGUCACCACCUCUGCCUGCCAACUUCCACGCUGCCCAGCUUCUGAAGUCUGAUAUCAGCAUGAGGGCUGCCAUUGCUCCAAGCGUCUCCAUGCAUACCUAUGCAGUUAUGGGAUUGAAUACCGCUCUGAUUCAGGCUGCCCUGCUGUCAAGAGCCAGAGUUCACACAAUCGUUCCUGCAAAGAUGGAAGCAAGAAUCGACUUGAUCAAGGGCAACUUCAAGCUUCAGUUCCUGCCUGUUCAGGGCAUCGAUAAAGUCGCAUCUGCAUUUGUUGAGACUUUUGCUGUCGCAAGAAAUGUGGAGGACCUUGGAGCUGCCAAAAUGACACCAAUGAUUCCAGCUGCAGUUGCAACACAGCUGUCAAGGGAGCUCUUCACCUCAAAGGUUUCUAGCAGAGCAUCUUCUGUGUUUGGUGAUAUGUCAGCAUCAUCUGAAAUCAUUCCCGUUGACCUGCCAAGGAAAAUUGCAAGCCAACUGAAACUCCCCAAGGGCUUUGAGAAGAGAAUGUGUGCCGCGAUUGAAACCUUUGGAAUCAAGGCAUGCACUGAGAUUGAAUCUCGCAACGCCGUCUUCAUCAGAGACUGCCCAUUCUACGCCAUGAUUGGAAAACAUGCUGUCUCAGUUGAGGUUGCUCCAGCUGCUGGACCAGUCAUCGAGAAGAUUGAAAUUGAGAUUCAAGUCGGAGAUAAAGCAGCAGAAAAAAUUCUCAAAGUGAUCAACAUGAGUGGAGAAGAGGAAAUUCUUGAGGACAAGAAUGUGCUGAUGAAACUCAAGAACAUCCUGGUUCCUGGUCUGAAGAACAGAACAUCAAGUUCUUCCAGCUCCAGCUCAAGCUCAAGCUCCAGGUCCAGCAGGUCUCACUCAAGCAGCUCCUCCUCUGUGUCAUCCAAGUCCUCCUCCAGCUCCUCCUCUCGCCGCACAAGCAAGUUAGUUGACGCUGUUGCACCCAUCGGCACAAGAUCCAAGAGACUGACCAGCAGCUCCUCCAGCUCCAGCAGGUCCAGCAGCUCCUCCAGCAGGUCUAGCUUUGGCUCAAAGAGCUCUUCCAGCAGCGCUUCAACCAGUCGCUCAUCCAUGAAGUCCAGCUCUUCCAGCUCCAGCUCCUCCCGGUCCAGCUCCCUGUCCAAGCAAGAACUGAAGGCGAUGAAGUUUAUUAAAAGCCACAUCCACCAGCAUGCCCUCUCAACAGCCCGCGCCAACAGCAAGAGCAGUGCCUAUAGUUUCGAAGCCAUCUACAAUAAGGCCAAGUACCUGGCCAACGCCAUCACUCCUGCUGUGACCAUCCUCAUCCGUGCUGUAAGAGCAGACCAUAAGGUUCAGGGAUACCAGAUUGCAGCUUAUUUCGACAGAACUGCUGCCAGAGUGCAGGUCAUUUUCGCUAACCUGGCCGAGAACGACCACUGGAGAAUCUGUGCCGAUGGUAUGAAGCUGAGCGACCACAAGCUGAUGGCCAAGCUUGCCUGGGGCAUUGAGUGCAAACAAUACAUGACAGAAAUCACAGCUGAAACUGGUCUUGUGGGUAAAGAGCCUGCAGCCCGCCUGAAGAUUUCCUGGGAGAAACUGCCAAAGAGCAUAAGGCGCUACGCAAAGGAGAUCUCUGAGUACAUCUCCCGCAUCGCUCAGGAGGCCGGAAUCAGCCAGUCGAAGGUCAAGAACAUUGCUAAUCAGAUCGAACUGACCGUAGCUGUUGCUUCUGAGAAAAGCCUGAAUGUCGUGCUGAAGACACCAAAGAUGGCAAUUUACAAACUUGGCAUUGGUCUCCCCUUCAAUAUGCCAAUUGGAGACACCGCUGCUGAGCUGGAAGCAUACCAGAACAACUGGGCUGACAAGCUCUCCUUCAUGCUCACCAAGGCUCAUGCAGCUGAGUGCACCAUGGUCAGAGAUACUCUGAUCACAUUCAACAACAGGAAAUUCAAGAACAACAUGCCCCAUUCUUGCUACCAGGUUUUGGCUCAGGACUGCACAUCAGAACUAAAAUUCAUAGUUCUGCUGAAGAGAGACCAGACACAGGAGCAGAACCAGAUCAAUGUCAAGAUCGCAGACCUUGAUGUCGACCUGUACCCCAAGGACCGUGUUAUGAUGGUGAAGGUUAAUGGAGUUGAAAUCCCCAUCAACAACCUGCCAUAUCAUCAUCCUGCAGGCAAGAUUCAGAUCCGACAGAGCGGUGAGGGCAUCGCUCUCCACGCUCCCGCCCAUGGUCUCCAGGAAGUCUACUUGGAUCAGAACACACUGAAGGUUAAAGUUGUGGACUGGAUGAGAGGACAGACCUGUGGAAUCUGUGGCAAGGCUGAUGGUGAAGUCAGACAGGAGUACAGCACACCCAAUGAACGCUUGAGCAAGAACGCAGUCAGUUACGCUCAUUCCUGGGUUCUGCCUGGAAAGACCUGCCGUGAUGCAUCUGAGUGCUACAUGAAGCUUGAAUCUGUGAAGUUGGAGAAGCAGAUGAUCCACCACGGUGAGGAGUCCAAAUGCUACACUGUUGAGCCCGUGCUGCGCUGCCUGCCCGGCUGCAUGCCACUGAGGACCACCACCGUCACCGUCGGCUAUCACUGCGUGCCUGCUGACACUACCCUGAACCGCUCUGAGGGUCUGAGCAGCAUCUACGAAAAGAGCUUUGACCUAAGGGAAACAGCAGAAGCCCACGUGGCCUGUCGCUGCACCGCUCAGUGCGCUUAACAUCUCAGUCUUCAGCCAUAUCGUGUUUUAUUCUAUGUUUCAUUGCAGCACUGUGGCUAUUGUUGAUCUGAUAAAUUGAAAUAAACAUCCAACGCAUCAAGCA